GAGACGAUUCUGCGUGCCGCUCACAUCCCCAUCCCGGAUUCGUUUGCAGGGACCAGGAAAUCCUACACAUUGUCGCCGGAGGAUUACUGCGUGAAGCUGGACAUCAAUGGCCAGGAGUUGGGAAGCAUGUAUGUGCUGUGGGCCGAAAAGGGCAUGUAUGUGAACCUGGUGCUCGACCGCAGCGAAUUCCCGGAUCACAAUGUGAACAAGAAAGGCGGUGCAACUGUCGGGAUCAACAAAGUUGGUGGAUGGGCCAACGCCUUCAAGAUUGCAUGCUCUCUGGCUGGUUGGAGCCAGGCAGGGCUCAAGCCGGCACCGAAGUCCAUCGAGAACGAUGUGGACUAG